AUGGUACGCCUCGAGUAUGAUCUUCCUCACGGGUUGCAGAAGCUAUACCUCUAUGCUCGGUACUUCCCUCCCUUCGAUGACAUCGCUCUCGACAUCAAGGCCGAGCUUCGGCAGCUUGUCACGACAAUCUACGAGGCAAGCAAAAACCUGUGGCAUCUUUGUUGGUCCGUCGACGAAGUGAUCUCUCACCUGAAGCUCAAAUCCGACUUGGACAGUCUUCUCAAGGAGUUCGGACCCUCAGAGCCGACCAACCCUCAUGAACCAUCUCACCUGGCGAUUGAACUGGAACCAUGUUGCUUUGUUGACACCACCGGCAAACUAGUCGCAUGGCACCUCCCUUCAUCUGUCUCCCAACAGCGAAUCGCGAGUGUUCUCCUACUAUCACACACAUUCCGUGCAUCUUACCCCCUCCCACCUUUCAGGCUUCCUUCUUUGCCUCCGUUCAGCGAGCCGUGGAGUCGCCCUCCUUGUCACGCCAUCCCUUUGGCCGCGGUAGCUAUCCCCUCAAGAAUUUUGGCGAGGGACUCGAUCUACCGCAUGGCUACUCUCUCACCCUCGAAGGCCUUUCUUGACAAUACGUUUGGGGGUGUAUCGCUUCUCUCCGACAUCACUGAGACUAUUGCCAUCGUCGGCGCUGCCAUUUCUGUCCUUCAUCCCCACCAGCUUUUUGCAUCACUCUCAGCCUACGAGGAACUCCAUUUGGGUCGAGUCACGGUCGAUAGUAGAUGGACGUUCGAAGAGGUGAUGACGUUUUGGUCAACACCCUCAACGGACAUCUUAAUUUACAACAACUACCACGCCGAUAUGGACCUGUCGGGCAGGCUCCCCCAUCAUGCCUUCGAGACCCUUCUCUCCGCUGCAUUCUCCCCCAUUCAUGGUGCUCCGCUGACUUAG